AUGCCGGCCGACUACGAGUCCGCAGCGCGGGCGCUUUCCAUCUCCCCGAAUCCUUCAUCCCCAGAGAACGACCGCAGCGACAUCCGCCCGCCAUGGUCCACGUCGCGAUCAUCCCGCCGCCUGUCCAGCGCCCGCUUUGGCAACCGUAAGACGACCGCCCUCUCAGCCGUCAACCGUGCGAUCCAGUCAGCAGUCAAGACCGGUAACAGGUUAUGGACCAUGUACCUCGGCCUCUCCCCCGUCCAGCGUGUUGCGGUCGCAGUAUUCCUGCUCGUCGUCAACGUUCUCGGCCUGCUCUUCCUCAUCUACUCGCACGCAAUCUUCAAGUGGCUGGCCCCGGUAUCACAAAAGUGGAGGGCGCUCCCGGGAGGAUGGCUGAUUAUCUGGGCCUUUACGUUCAUGACUGCCUUCCCGCCCAUGAUUGGGUACAGCACGGCCAUUUCCGUGUCGGGGUUCGUCUAUGGCUUCCCGCUGGGUUAUCCGAUUGUCGCGACGGCGACGGUGGCGGGCAGCCUGACGGCGUUCUAUACAAGCCGAACGAUAUUCAGCAGCUAUGUCCAUAGACUGGUCGGGCAGGAUCAUAGGUUCAUUGCGCUGGGACAGGUACUGAGGAAAGACGGCAUAAAGAUGUUGACGGCUGUGCGCUUUUGUCCCUUGCCGUACAGUUUGUCCAACGGCUUCCUUUCGACCAUCCCCUCGAUCAAGCCGUGGGCUUUCGCAGUCUCGACCGCUCUGGCAAGCCCCAAGCUGCUUGUCCACGUCUUUAUCGGCAGCCGCCUGGCCCUCCUCGCUGAAAAAGGCGACGAGAUGUCCGCCGGUGGCAAGGCCAUCAACUAUAUCUCCAUGAUCCUUGGCGGCGCCGUCGGUCUGGUCGUCGGCUACGUUAUCUACAACCGCACCAUGGCUCGCGCCGCCGAGCUGGCGCUCGAGCAGGCCGAGUCCGAGGGCGCCGUAGCCCCCGGGAGAGAAGGAGCGCCGGAUUACUUUGACGUCGAGGCUGGCCUCGUUGACCCCGAGGACGUCGCUGCGCUUAUGGACGAUGACGACAUUUCGCUCUGGGCCCGCGAGGCAGUGGAUGACGAGGAGACCCAGGUCGGCGGGUAUUAUGACGAUGAUGACAAUGACGACAAUGGAGAUGGUCUCAAGGGACAAGGGACAAAACACAAGGGUGACGAUGACCGGGAUGAGGAGAGCACCGGGUUCAAAGAUGCGGAUUAA